AUGGGGGACGGGGGUGGGAGGGGUGAUGGGGUCUGUGGAAUCCACACCGACACUGUCCAUGCCCUGGCUGCCUCCUGCAAGAACCCUCAGGCCACCGAGAGCAUCUACAACAUCAAGGUAACAUUAUCAGUAACAUACUGUGCUCAUAUUAUCAGUAACUUACUGUGCUCCUACUCUUAAUCAAGCCAAUAUUAUUCCAGCAAGUAGACUAUUGGUCCUACGAGCUGGAUAGGAACAAUUGUCCUGGAACAAUCCCAUUGUUACACUGGAAUGUGAUACGCUGGCUCACACAAUUUAGUUUUGGGAUGAAACUGGAUAAACUUUGACCUCUAACAUCUCUUUGACCCCUGUUAGGACCACCCAGCAGAGAAUAAUAUCUGUAUUUCCAGUGUAGAGCAGCUGGUGGCAGCCAAGGCCCUUGACCUCUAACCCCUGACCUGUCUCUCUGUCCCCUAACCAGGACCACCCAGCAGAGAAGUGGAUCUGUAUUUGUAUUUCCAGUGUGGAACAGCUGGUGACAGCCAAGCCCCCCUUCAGUCCUCUACUCUGGGAGUUCAUGAGGAAUGUCUACCCUGGAGGAAUCAGUUGCAUCGUCAGCAAAGGAGAUUGGCUACUCAGACUGGGUCACUCAGUACCAUGGUGGCAAAUUACAGUUUUGGGGGUAUUUAGAUUACAUAUUAUUUGAUUUCUGCUGCACUGGGCUAGGUUAACCCCCAAGAGUCACAUGUUGAUUCUUGGGGGUUCACCUAAAUUAAAAUAUUGUUUUUAAUCGUUGUGUUCGCACCUGUGUUGGUGAAGUCUGGGACCGGCCUACGACCGCGUGGGGACCAAGGACAGCAUUAUGAUCCGAGUCCCUGACCACACUGUCACCAGACAACUGUGUGACAUCACCGGUCCGCUUGCCAUCACCUCAGCCAAUCCCAGCGGAGAACCCGACAGCACGCACCACAACAUGGUCAUCAGGUAACAGUCUAUCAUAAUACUCACCUGUACUCAAGCCUGUUGGUGCUUAGUCAUAAAACCUUUAUAGUGGUAAAUGAUCACAUUUAUCAAAUUAAAUAAAUGGUGCACACUGCAGCUCCAAUGUAAUUAUUAAAUACCAACGUUUCGACAGCUAUGCUGCCUUCAUCUGGGUUUCAUCAAAUGACGACUAUUUAACCUGGAGAGCACUAUUUGAUGUGAUGCUGAGAGGGAUGUCAGUAUUGAAGUAUUUCUACAUCCAGGAGGCUGGUUAUAGACCGGUUUGAUCUUUCUUGUCAGAUUGGUUUGAUAUCCGUCAGCCUGCUGUGUAAACAUAGUUAUACUAAUGUAUCUGUGUUAGUCCUCUACUAGUUACUGGCCCAUAAUGUUAUUUACUCUUCAUGCUGUUCUGAACCUGAACUUACUCUGAUAAUGUCUUCCUAAUACUGAUAGUGACACUGUCUCCUCUAUCUGUGUGCGUUUCAGUCGUCUGGGCCAUAAGCUCCAGGAUGUUUUGUGUGAUGGGGAUUCCAACGAGGUCGUAACCUCCACAGUGGUCAACUGCCUCUAG